GUCCUCUGCCUCUGCGUGAAUCCAGUCGCCCACCUCCCCGCCAAACACCGCUAGACGCCGUUCUGCCGCCACGAUUCGGACGCCGUCUCCGCCUUCUGCACGGAUCCAACCGCACCGUCCUCCGCCCUGCCCGCCCAAAGCUCUACCUCUCCGCCAACCACCGCCAGCCGAUGUCCUGUCGCCGUGAUUCAGAUGUGGUCCACCGUCCCGCGAUUCAGACGUCAUCUUGGCCUUCUAUGCGAAUCCAGCCGCGCCGUCCUCCGCCCAGCCCAACCCAAAGCUUAGCCCUCUGGCGCCGUCCUCCUUCCCCACCGCAAUUCAUCGAGCCUAGAGUGCCUCUCCUCUCUCUUUCCCUUGCCGCGAUUCGCCGCACCCCAUCGUUUCUCUAACCUUCCUCUCCCCACCGCUCCCCACCGCGUUCAGUCAUGAUAUAUGCCAUUCCAGUUUUUGACAUGAUGGAAAGUGUCCUUGUGAAGAAGAUGAAGCUAAAUCCAAGUUUGGGUUUGCGUAUUAUUACAAGGAAUAGUUAUGUUGCUUUUACAAUGUUUAUUGCCAUCACAUUCCCUUUCUUUGAUGGUCUUCUUAGUUUUUUUGGAGGAUUCGGUUUCGCCCCUACCACAUACUUCCUUCCCUGUAUCUUAUGGCUCGCCAUCUGCAAACGGAAGCGGUUCAGCUCCUCUUGGUUUGCGAAUUGGGUAUGUAUAUUUAGCCUACAAAUCAACAAUUGAAACUAAAAUAAU